UGGUCGGAGCAUCGCCGGGAGUUCGGCUUAUUUUUCCACUUGCAUAUACGGAGCGUGGCUUUCUGAUUUCGCGUGGUUUCCUACUGUUGGUAUUUCGUCUGGCUGUCGGUCGGUGGGCUAAUGGCGAAUACGGGGUGGGCUGUCAGGGUAUCAUACACACUCGGGCUCGUGCUCACUCCUCACCUGGUGGUCUUUGGUAGGACCUCUCUAAUAUCCGUUCGACUCUCAUACCCUCUUAGUGUCUUUUUCACAAAAGACACCCUCUGCUGGCUGGCACCACAUGUGUGUUCUUCUCCUGUGGUUCUCAAGCCAGCAUAUUUGCUGCGCAGUAAUACCUUGUCUCCUCUCGGCCGUAUAUUUCCUUUGUUUUUGCUUCUGGCUUCUUCUAUUGCAUAUACCAUGUUCGCUGUGCGUUGCUUUUUCUGCUUUCAGCUUUCCUCCUAUCUAUGCUCUCCUCAGCGUCUUGCAGCAUCUUUUGGUGGUAGUUGCGCUCCGUUGAUUUGCAAGUUUGGACAAAGAGGGAGUGUAUGGGAUUCUUCCUGAUAGUCGUGUAUAAGUAGCUUUCGCAAAGUGGAGUUUUGCUGGUCACGUCGAUUUUCUGUGCUUGAUGCUGUGAACUGGUUCGUGAAAUGUGCAGACCGCAGAUAACAACAUAGGGCGG